CAUUGUAAAAAACAGAAAAUAAACAGAACAACUUAGAGAGGGAACCGAUGGAGAGUGAAGCACCUGCACUUCUGCGCCGUGCUCUCGGCGGAUGGAUCACAUUUCCUUUCUUCAUAGCAACGGGUGGUUUGUUGGCACUGGCAUCUGGAUUAAGCGUCAACCUUAUUACAUUCUUGAAAGAUGAGUUCCACUUUGAAGAUGCAUCUGCUGCUAAAAUCACCAACUAUGUCAAUGGAACCUUGGCUUUCAUCCCCAUCUUUGCUGCAAUCAUUGCUGAUUCAUUUGCUGGCUGCUUUUCUGUCAUCUGCUUCUCCUCCUUCAUUUCCUUGCUGGGGGUAGUGCUGUUGCUACUAUCUGCAACAGUGAGCCAUUUGAGGCCUCCUAGUUGUGUAAAGGGUUCCAUUUUCUGCAAGCAUCCAACGCCUCUUCAAGCCGGCCUUCUGUACCUCAGCUUGGCUCUUCUCUCUGUGGGAGACGGAGGCACGCGCUUCACUCUUGCAUCCAUGGGAGCAGAUCAGCUAGACACCACAAAACAUCAAGGGAUAUUCUUCAAUUGGUACCUUUUCACACUCUACUUGAUAAACUUCGUGAGCGUAACGGUCAUGGUAUACGUGGAGGAACACCUAGGCUGGGGCUGGGGCUUCACCAUCUUCACCAUGGCCAAUCUGUUUGGCUUGGUGGUCUUCCUCUGUGGCACAAAAUUUUAUCGCUUUGUCAAGCCCACUGCCAGCCCUUUCAAGAGCUUGGCUUGUGUCAUCGUUGCAGCCAUCAAGAAAAGGAAGAUGUCUCUCUCACCACAAACUGGAGACUAUCAUCAUGAUGGAGAUGGUUUAAACUGUCCCACGCCGUUUUUCAAGUUCUUGAACCGUGCAGCGGUGAAGAGUGAAGAAGAGUCUAGUUCAAAGAUAGUGAAUCCAUGGAAAUUAUGCACAGUGCAACAAGUUGAAGAUCUGAAAAGGCUAGUCAAGAUUGUGCCAAUAUGGAUAAGUGGUUUGAUACUGUGUAUACCUAUAGCAGUGCUGAUGAGUUUCAUGAUCAUACAAGGCAAAACCAUGGACAAUCGUCUCAACUCUCAUUUCAAAAUCCCAGUUGCUUCAAUCCAUUUGUGUUCGCUCAUCGGAACCUGUGUCACAAUACCAUUGUUGGACCGCCUUGUAUUCCCGCUCUGGGUAAAGCUCGCUCCCACUAGGCCUCCCACGCACCUGCAACGCAUUGGCAUUGGCCACGUCAUCACUAUAGUCAGCAGCAUUGUUGCGGCACUUGUGGAGGCGAAGAGAUUGAGGGAGGCGAGAUCGCAUGAUCUCAGAGUGGUUCCUAUGUCGUUGUUGUGGCUGGCGCCACAGCUAGCCAUUGUUGGAGUGUCAGAAGGGUUCCAUUUUGCCGGACAAGUUGCAUUCUGUUACCAAGAAUUCCCAGCUUCGUUCAAGAGCACUGCAACCGCUGUUGUUGCUUUGACCGUCGCAGGGGGCUACUAUUCGAGCAAUCUUGUCAUCGAUGCAGUGCAGAAUGCGACGGCAUGGUUGCCCAACAAUAUAAACAAAGGGAGACUGGACAAUGUGUAUUGGUUGUGCAGUGGGAUAGGAGCUUUGAAUCUGGUGUUCUAUCUUGUGUGUGCAUCUUCCUACAAGUACCAUAAAUCUUAAAAUUGGUAGGGUUGGUUGAUCUGAGUCAUGUUGUAGUGAAAUAUUCAAAUAUGUAUUGAUUUUGCUGCAUCAUUGGUGUAUUGGAUUUGGUUGAUAUCAAUAAUUCAAAUUACUAAAGUUAAUAAAAGUUCGCAGCAUGAGUUUUUAUUCA